AUGGGACUCAAAUCUACGCCGAUGCAUUUCCUUUCUUUUCGCUGGGCAAAUAAGGGCUGCCAAUCAAGUCCAGCAAAAGUCGCUGCCAAGCUGAGAGUGUCUUCAGUGUUUGGCUGUUAUGCGUCUGGUUAUUGUGCUCUUCGGGAUUGUCGGGGCUUUUCCAGCCCCGGACAAUCUGCACCACUUCAUGAACGCCAACGAAUUGGGGUGAGUUUUUCAGGAAAUGUUUACAGAAAUUGCUCUAAUAGUUUGUGUGUGUUUCUCAGGUACUAUUUUGAGACAGACACAGUGAAUUCUGUGCCUGAGUAUGAGAUUCAACCGCUGAUUGUUGCUGAAAGAAGUGCUUUUGGUGAUUCUGGAGAGCGAAAUCUCCGUCUGAACUUCACAGCAUUCAAUCAACCUUUCGCAUUGGAUUUCUCACCAAAUCGCUACUUGAUUUCCCCUCAAAUUCGCAUCAUUGAGCUCGGAGAGGUGGCAGAAACACUGGAGAUUCCAGAAGAGGACAGAAAUUGCCACUUUUUAUCAUCUUCCGGAGGAAUUAUCGCUGCUGUGAGUGUUUGUGAGGAGGAAGAAGACGCUCUGAGUGGAAUAAUUCUCAUGGAUGACGACACGCUGGAGAUUCGUCCGCUCAAUGAUCGUUUGCAGCGACUACUCUCCGUCCAGGAAGCUCUGCUGGACACAUCAGUCCGCCCAGGAACUCCUCAUAUCAUCCGCAAAGCUUCUCGCUUGCCAGCAUUCUCAACUUUCUCACAAGACUUCACUCUUCGCAGCGAUCUGACAUUUCCGGAGGAUCAAUCUUCCGGCCGGAUGGGAUUCCGUGAUCUGAAGAGCAUCGUGGAGUUGGGAGUGUUCUUCGAUGAGCCUGCGUAUCGGAUUUUCGCGCCAUUCUUCCAGUACGACGCCAAGAAGCUGCGGAACAUGAUCCUGGCGUACUUGAAUGGCGUCCAGGCGCUCUAUCAUCAUCCCUCCUUGACGGAGGAGGUGGACAUUGUGGUGGUCUACAUGGAGAUCAUGCGUCGACAGCCGCGAGAUCUUCCGCAUCACGAUGGCGAGCGCAGUGCUCUGCUGGACUCCUUCUGUGCCUACCAGAAGCGCCUCAAUUCUGCCUCUGACGCUGAUCCGCAGCACUGGGACAUGGCAGUGUACAUCUCGGGGUUGGACUUCUUCGCCUGGGAGAGUGGGAAGCGCAACGGUGUGACAAUGGGCCUGGCCACAGUGGGAGGAGUCUGUAUUCCCGAGUAUAAUUGCGUCGUGGCGGAGUUUGGCGCCACGAACAGCCUGGGAAAGCCCUAUCCGUCCACGGGCUUCACCUCAGUCUUCAUCCUGGCGCACGAGAUUGGCCACAAUCUGGGGAUGCAUCAUGAUGGCACGGGGAACUCCUGUCCGAAGGAUGGUUUCGUCAUGUCGCCAUCCAGAGGAACUGACGGUGAGACAACCUGGUCAGCGUGCAGUGCUGACGCCGUGCGCUCCCUGAGACGCUUCGCCACGUGUCUGAGAGACAAGCCGGACUCUGUGCCAGAGGAGAAUGACGCCUGGAUGUUCGGUGGUGUGCCUGGGCGCUCCUGGACUGCGCGGCAGCAGUGUCAGUUGCUCUUGCUGGACCAGGACGCUCUGGCCACAGAAUCCGCCAGCAUGUGUCGCAAUCUGCACUGCCGGACGCCGCACAGGAGUGGAUUCUACUUCGCCGGACCGGCGCUGGAAGGCACAGAGUGCGAGCGUGGAAAGUCCUGCCAGGGCGGCGAGUGUGUGCCUGCGAGGGCGUCUCUGCCGAUCCGCGAGGGUGGCUGGAGUGCGUGGCAGCUGGAGAAGUGCUCCUCUGGGUGCAUUGAGAAGUCGCGUGGGUUUCAGGCCGGGAAGCGACAGUGCACAAAUCCUCCGCCUCUGAACACUGAUCGUGGCUGCGACGGACACUCUUUCGCAGUGGAUCUCUGCCCUGACGAUCGUCUCUGCAGACGACGUCGCUCUGCUGUGGACUUCGCCACUGUCAAGUGCCGGGAGUUCAGUCGAAAGCUGCCCGAAUUGGACAGGAAAGCGCCAGGAAUGCAGGCUCCGCACGAGUCAAAUCGCCUGUGGAUGAGUUGUGCGAUCUUCUGCAAGCGUCGCGACACGGGAGCCUAUUAUACACCUCGACUGGAGCUGAAUGACUUGGGAAUUGAUCCCUACUUUCCGGACGGAACGUGGUGCCAUCGUGAGGGUGGCGAAGAGUACUUUUGUCGGCAGCAUCACUGCUUGCCCGAGAGUUUCCACCUCAAAAAGACUGAUCCUUGGCUUCUGGGCGAAGACAUUCCACUUCCGGGCAAUGCCUGGCCAACUUCUGAGCCAAUUGAUGAGAAUCUCCUCAAGUAUCACUCCCUGGACGCUCAAGGACGUCCCUUACUGACACACUUAAGCGCUCAAGACGUUCCAGAUUCGGCGCCCAAUUGGACAGACGAUAAUGAUUAUCUGGAUCUCAAUUUAAUUAUCCCAUAA